AUGACGCACAGUGCGUUCGCGAGGCUGUCGGUAGUCAAAAAUGGCCGGGGCCAGCGACUGGUUUACUAUUGGAAGCACGGUGGCUUGUAAAACCUGUCACGAGCAGGAAAUCGAGGGUGAGGUGCAGGCAUUCGAUCCACAGACGAAAAUGCUGGUAUUAAAAUGCCCAUCCUCAAACGGUAGAGCCUCACUAAACGAUGUGCAUGUAGUAAAUUUGUCUCUCGUGUCAAACGUUCAAGUGAUACGGGAGGUUAGUCCUACUACCAUCGAACCACCACAGAGCCUUAAUUUACAAAGGCUAAACACAAGAGUUCGCAACCAGAUCGAAGAGAAGAAGAGACUGGUAAUGGCUCUGCAGGCCGGAGCGUCUCCAGAAGGACAAAAACUCUUUAUUGCUAUUUCUAAGACUAUACAGGAUAUUACGUGGAGUGGAGCUAAUAUUGUUGUAUUUGAUAAUGUCACUAUUAGACCGCCGUACAAAGUGGACAAUGUUCACGGAAACACAGAAUCUGGGGCAUAUAGACAUGUAAAAAAAGUGGUCGAGAAACACAUUAAAGAUACACUACAAGCGCAGCAACAACGGGAACAACAGCAGACACAGAAAAGCGGCGAACUGCAAUAAGAGUCCAAAAAGGCACUACAUCAUCGAGAUCACAAAAAAAUACAACUUUUGAGAAGGUUCCAAUGUUUUGACGAGAAAUAGGAAGGAAGAGUUUAUAAGAACAGCCUGACUGCAGCGUAAUCUAGAUAAGCCUAUCGCGAGAAAUCGGCAUCUUCGUGCGAAAUCCAGUUCGCCUGAAUGGAAAGGAACAGAAAAAAGUGUAAAUUCAACAACAAAAAAAAACAAAAAUUCAUCAUACACAUUCUUGAUCCGAGUAUUGUCAACUCAGUAUCGCAUGUGCAGCAUUUUAUAAAUACAGUCAGACGUACAAUUCGUAAUUGUUAGUCACCAGCCUAAAAAAAAA